UCCUUUUCUAACCACAAAUGUGGGGACAGGGACAAAUAAUGGGGGUGCUUAGGAGUUUGAUAUUUUUGCUGUCUUUUCAGCUCCUGCAUAUGGCAAAAGGGUCCAUGGUGUGGCUAAAUGAGAGUGGCUAUGAGGAUUUGGUUGUUGCAGUUAAUCCCAGCGUGCCAGAAGAUGCCAACAUCAUUCUGAACACAAUGACAAUGAUCAGAGAUGCUUCUAAUUAUUUGUUUGAAGCUACAAAACAUCGAUUUUUCUUCAAGUCUGUAAAAAUUAUACUUCCUAAAACAUGGAAGAAAAACAGCACCUAUUCAAGAUUAAAAACAGAAUCAUAUAACAAGGCAGAUGUCAUCAUAGCAGACCCUUAUUUGAAGUACGGAGAUGAUCCCUAUACCUUACAGUAUGGAGGAUGUGCAAUGAAAGGACGAUACAUCCAUUUCACACCCAACUUCCUGUUAAAUAGCAGCUUGGUUAAAGUUUAUGGAGAAAGAGGUAGAGUUUUUGUCCAUGAGUGGGCUCACCUUCGGUGGGGUGUGUUCGAUGAAUAUAAUAACAACGCACCUUUUUAUGUUUCUGAAAAUGCACGUGUUGAAGCAACAAGGUGUUCAGCUGGUGUCACUGGUAAACCAAUAUUCCGAAACUGCAUUGGAAACCAGUGUGCGACAAGAGAAUGCCAAUAUGAUGGUCAGCUAUAUGAAGCUGGAUGUGUAUUUCUACCGGACCUAAAUCAAAAUAGCAAAAAUUCUAUUAUGUAUAUGCAAUACUUACCUUCUGUUGUUGAAUUCUGUGAUAAAAAUACUCACAAUCAUGAGGCUCCAAAUAUGCAGAAUAAGAUGUGCAACUACAGAAGCACAUGGGAAAUAAUCAUGGAAUCUGAUGACUUUCGCAACUCAUCUGUUGUUAAUGGCCUUGCACCCCCCUUUGAGACCACCUUCCAGCUAAUGCAGACUCAAGACAGAGCAGUCUCAUUAGUACUGGAUGUUUCUGGGAGCAUGUUAUCGUAUAACCGCAUCACAAAUCUCCGUACUGCUGCAGAGGUGUUUCUAAUCCAAAUUAUUGAAGUCGGCUCCAGGGUUGGAAUUGUCACAUUUGAAUCUUCUGCAUAUGAAAGAAGUCCUUUGGUACAAAUAACCAGUGUUGCAACACGCCAAAGACUUGUUCAGAAUUUGCCUACAACUGCUGGUGGAGGAACCAAUAUCUGCUCAGGCAUUGAGAAAGGUCUACAGAUAAUUACCACUGCAAUCGGUACAACAUAUGGCUCAGAAAUUGUGUUACUGACAGAUGGAGAGGAUUCAUCUAUGUCAGUUUGCCGUGAAAGAGUGAGGGAAAGUGGGGCAAUAAUUCAUACCAUUGCACUGGGUCCAGCAGCAGCAAAAGAACUAGAAGAAUUUUCAAAUAUCACAGGGGGUCUACAACUUUAUGCUGUAGACGUAGAUGUCCCCAGUAAACUAGUGGAAGCAUUCAGUGAAAUUACAACAGGAAGUGGUGAUAUUUCUGAACAAUCUAUUCAGCUUGAAAGCAAAGACCAAGAAGUUAAUUCUUUAGGAUGGAUAAAUAAUACUGUAACCAUUGACAAAACAGUAGGAAAUGACACUUUCUUCGUCUUUUCAUGGAGCAAAACCCAGCCAUUUUUCUUGGUGAGGGACCCCAAAGGAAAAGAAUAUGGAAGCUCAGACUUUACAGUUGACAGUUCAAAUUUAAAAACAGCCAGACUUGGUAUAAAUGGCACUGCAGAGGUGGGAGAUUGGCAUUAUUACAUUCAAAAUGUUGAUACAACUCUUCAAACUCUAUCAGUAACAGUUACCUCUCGAGCAGCCUCUUCUGAUGUUUCUCCUGUGAUCUUGCAAGCCUACAUGGAGAGGACAAAUACAGCACCUUAUCCAGUUGUUGUGUAUGCAGAGGUUAGCCAAAACUUCUUGCCUGUUCUUGGUGCAACAGUGAUAGCCACCAUAGAGAAGGAUGGUGCUGAUGCAGUAAGCCUUCCUCUUUUUGAUAGUGGCACAGGUGCUGAUAUGACCAAGAAUGAUGGAAUCUACUCAAGGUACUUUACUGCUUUAAGUGGUGAUGGAAGAUACAGUCUAAAAGUGAGUGCCCAAGGAAGAAAUCAAACCAUCAGACUUGGCCGUAGGCAAAAUAGAGCCUUGUAUGUACCAGGCUACAUAGAAAAUGGUAAAAUUCAGAUGAAUGCACCAAGACCUGAAUUGGCUGAUGAAGAAAUCCAAGCCAAUCUGGAAAGUUUCAGCAGAACUUCAACAAGUUCUAUUAAACUGGACAAUACUGGAAGUUCAUCACCAGGUUUUCCACCCUGUAAAAUUACAGACCUCGAUGCUUACAUAGAAAAUGGAUCAAUAGUGUUGACUUGGACAGCUCCAGGAGGUGACUUUGACAGUGGACAAGCUGAUCACUACAUAAUAAAAAGUGGUACAGAUCUUCUGAGCCUAAGAGAUGAAUUUGAUAGUGCUACUUCUGUGGAUUUCUCCCAUCUCAUACCUCAGGAGGCUGGUAGCACAGAAACAUUGAAAUUUAAACCAGAAAAUCUGACAAUAGAAAAUGGUACCGUAAUCUACAUCGCCAUGCGUGCUGUUGAUGAUACAAACCUGAUUUCAGAUACUUCUAAUAUAGCAAAGGCCACAUGGUUUAUUCCUCCAAAAGCAUCUGUGCCUUCAGAUGAUGAAGAUAACACCAGUGAUGGUGUUAACAUUACACUAAUAGUGGCAGUUGUAGCUGGGUGUGUAGUACUUGUCUGUAUUAUUGUAAGUUCAACUGUGUGUAUCUUACAAAACCAGAAGAAAAGAAGGGAUCCUGCAAUCAGAAUGUAACAGUAUUGGUAAAAUGCUUAA